AUGAAUGGAGAAAUAUCGAGAUGUAACAUUUGUGGAUCUGUGUUUUAUUGGCAAAGAGAUUGCCCAGACUCAUACGAAAAUAGAAAGAAAAAGAAAGAGGAAGUGAAUGUAACGUUGUAUACAGAGGUAAUGGAUGUAUUUAUGGGUGAAACAUUGAGCGCUGCUGUUCUGGAUUCAGGCUGUUCAAAAACUGUUUGUGGAGAAAGUUGGCUGAAAGAAUAUUUAGAGACAUUGAGUGAUAAUGAACUUAAUCAUGUCACAGAGUCACAAAGUAAUACAAUAUUUAAGUUUGGAGAUGGAAAUGAAAUGAGAUCUAUUAAACAAAUGAAAUUGCCAGCCAGAAUUGGAGAUACUAAUAUCAAUAUUGUAACAGAUGUUGUGAAAGGAUAUUUGCCACUACUUUUUAGUAAAGAUGCCAUGAAGAAAGCAGGCACAAAAAUUGAUUUUUCAAAGGACACAAUAGAAAUUCUGGGAAUGAAGCAAAAGGUGUUUCUCACAUCCUCGGGACACUAUUGUAUCCCUAUAGGCAAAAGAAAAUUUGAAUUUGAUGAUAUUUCAAGUGUGGAUGCGGAAGAAAUAUUUAGUCAUCCGCCACCAGAACGUUUAAAGAAGUUACUUCGGGAUGCAGGUGUUGAGGAUAAGAAGUUACAUACAUUGAUUGACCAUAUAUCACAGAAAUGCGAGACAUGUUUCAAGUACAAGAAACUAUCCCUAAGACCUAUGGUGGGUUUGCGUAUGUCCAAUGAUUUUAAUGACUGUGUAGCAAUGGACCUAAAAGAGUGGACAGAUGGCAAUACAAAAACAUGGUUUUUACAUUUAAUUGAUACUUUUACAAAGUAUAGUGCUGCUACUGUCAUACAUAGCAAACGAAAAGAAGUGAUUGUCAAAAAGAUAUUUGAAAUCUGGAUAGGAACAUUUGGCUGUGCAGGGAAGUUCAUGGUUGACAAUGGAGGGGAGUUCGAUAACAGUGAAUUCAUUGAUUUCUGUGAAAAUUUUAACAUUAGGGUUGUGACCACUGCUGCAGAGAGUCCAUGGAGUAACGGAAUAGUUGAUAGGCAUAAUGCUAUCAUUGGAGAGACUGUUCGGAAAUUAUGA